GCUGCCCACCCACUGUAACCGGCAGAAAGAGUAAAGCUUGCUUGCCGUGCUUAAUUCAUUUUCUUAAUCACUAUAGAUAAAUAUUGUGAAGAGAAGGUGCACAAAGAAUCAGCAGUCUGUCAGUACUCCCCAGUGCCCUCCUUCAUCCUGUCUGGCUGAGAUCACAGCCAGCUGAAAAGAGUAAGGAAUGCUGCUUUAACCUUUCAUAUUUUGGACUGAUUAACACCAACAGAUGCUGAAAAUCUAAGCUUUUAACAAAGACUAUGAUCACAAUGCACAGUAAAAUGAACAUAAAGCCAGUCAUUGUAGUCCAUGGUGGUGCAUGGGCAAUACCAGAUGAUCUCGCAGACAGCAGCAAAAUGGGUGUUAAAAAUGCAGCAACUUUUGCUUUUUCAAUACUCGCUAAUGGUGGGAGUUCUCUGGAAGCCGUAGAAGCUGCUGUUCGGAUCCUAGAAGACAACAUGGCAUUUGAUGCAGGUCAUGGGGCUGUGUUGAAUGCGGACGGUGAUGUGGAACUUGAUGCAAUUAUAAUGGAUGGCAAAAAUCUUGCUGUAGGUGCAGUUUCUUGCAUCAAGAAUAUUGCUAACCCUGUCAUGUUUGCACGCACCAUCAUGGAGCAGACUCCACAUCUUAUGCUAACUGGAAUUGGAGCAAAUAAAUUUGCUGAAAAGAUGAGAAUUGAAAAAGUCCCAACAGAGGAACUGGUAACUGAAAAUGCUGUGAAGGAAUGGGAAAAAUUCCAGAAAUAUAAGCAAAGCGUUACAAGUCUUUUUAAUACCGAAAAGAUGCAUGAUACUGUUGGUGCUGUAGCAAUUGAUUCAAAGGGCAACAUAUCCUGUGCUACAUCAACGGGUGGCAUAACAAAUAAAAUGGUUGGACGGGUUGGAGACAGCCCAAUCAUAGGUUCUGGAGCAUAUGCAGACAAUUUUAUUGGGGCUGUGUCUACAACCGGCCAUGGAGAGUCUAUCAUGAAAGUUACACUUGCAAGACAAGUACUUUUCAACAUGGAAAAAGGUGAGACUCCACAGGGUGCUGCAGAACAUGCUCUGGAAUACAUGAAGAACAAGGUACAUGGCAGAGGAGGACUAAUAGUUGUCAGCAAGUCUGGAGAAUGGGCGGCAAAAUUUACCACAAAAAGAAUGGCAUGGGCUAGUGUUGAAAACAAUAUAUUAACCUAUGGACUCAAUCCUGGAGAAAAUCUUCAAGAAAAAUUGUGAAGAUACAAAGUGAAUUAAUGCUAUUAAUAAUGUAUUGUUAUUGACAUGCACAUUGGAAACAUAUAUGUCGCAAUGAUGACCCAAACCCUCCCAUUAGCUUUAUCUAUCAUAUAUUGUAGAAUCCAUUUGUGUUAUUUUCUGUAUGUAGUAGGCUUAUGCAACUUUUUCAGAAUUUUAGUAUUUUAUAGCAACAUUAAUAGAGUUCAAUUGAAUCAGUUAAAGCAGAUCAGUCACCUGAGUAUGCUGUCCUAUGUAAAGGCAGCUUAUUACAGAUAAAGGUCCAUACUCCCAGUAGCCAGAAUGGCACAUUAAACAUUUAGAGCUGCUUGGCUAAUAGGAGUGAUGAAAUCAUUCAUCAGACUCAUCAUGUUGAGCCUUGUGUAUUUAUGAGGAGAGUGUUCCCAUAACUGGAAGACUGCGGAGUGAAUGCCUAGACAGGACUUGUACAAUGGGAGGUGGAGGGGGCAGCACUCCCCUAAUAAAUACACUGGCUGAUAAGUAUCAAUCUGCUGUACUCUUGUAUCCCUUCUAUUAGCCAAACUGCACAUGUAUGUUGUGCCAUGUCGUUCUCGUUGGAGUAGAGUGGCUGUAAUAUGCUUCUUUUACUUAGCAUAGCAUACUCAGAAGAUCUGCAUGAAAUCUCCUAUUAUAACAGAAUCUUUUAUUUGUAUUAUGGUGCAUGCUAAUCACACCAUUAUACUGGCUUCUAACGUUUCUACAUGUUUGUUGCUGUCUUUCUGUAUUCUCAUAGGGGUUCUACAUACAGUACUGGAGAAAAGAAAUGAUUGCAAUAUAAACUAAAAUGUUAACGUUAUAUGAAAAUCUGAUAUAUCCCAAAAAAAAAGUCAUUUAGAAUUGUAUGGUUUAAAGGGAACCUGUCAUCAACUUUAUACUGAGCUCACUGAGGGCAGCAUAAAAUGGUGACAGAA